UGCGUGGAGAGUUACAAGCAAACAUAUAUACAGGUGAAACUAAUAUAAGCCUAUUUAAGUAUAUAUAUAAAUAUUUAUCUAUUUAAUUCAUCGAGUGUAAUAGUGCUAACAGUGUUCUGAUCGUAAACAUGUUGCCGUUUUAUGAUAAUAUUUUGUGCGUUAAUACAAUAAUACUAACAAUUUGCUUUUUAACUCUUUUGUAUUACUUGAGUACAUCUACGUAUAAUUAUUGGGAAAAAAGAAAUGUAUAUUAUGUGAAACCUACACCUUUAUUUGGUAAUAUGCUCCCAAUUAUUACAAGACGAGUUCAUCUUAUCGAUGAGUUUUGGAAAAUCUAUAGACAAGGAUUUGGAAAAAAAUAUAUUGGUUUUUUUCAGAUGAGGCAGCCUGCUUUAAUGAUAAUUGACCCAACACUUAUAUCUAAUAUUCUUAUAAAAGAUUUUUCUUAUUUUUCUGAUNAACUUAUAUCUAAUAUUCUUGUAAAAGAUUUUUCUUAUUUUUCUGAUCAUAUUCAAUUUGGUGAUCCGGAGAAGACGCCACUUGUGAACCAUUUGUUUAAUAUGAAAGAGGAACAGUGGAAAAUUAUGCGACAAAAAUUAAGUCCAGCGUUUACUCCAUCUAAAUUAAAAUUGAUGUACGAUCCAAUAGUUGAGUGUAGUGCGCAGUUGUUAAAAAACAUAGAAACCACAUUGCACGAGUCAAAAACAAUAGAAGUGAGGGACAUUUUUGAAAACUAUUCUAUAGACGUGAUUGGAACUUGUGCAUAUGGAUUAAAAUUGAACGCAAUUAACGAUAGCAACUCUCCAUUUCGUAAACAUGGAAAAAGUACAUUUUCACAGUUAUUUAAAGCAAUAUUUAGAGACUUGUGUAUGCUUAUAACUCCAAGAUUAAAACCAUUUCUUAUAAUUAGUGAUUUUUCGAAAGAAACUGUAGAUUUCUUUACAUCUACACUUAAAAGUACUAUAAAAUAUAGAGAAGAAAACAACAUAAAAAGAAAUGAUGUAGUGAAAUAUUUGAUUCGAGCUAAAAAUGAUUUAAUAAUUAAUAAAAACAGUUCAUCAGUUAGAUUUCAAGAGAUGGAUAUUGUGGCAAAUGCCUUUGUUAUGUUUAUUGCUGGAUCAGAACCAAUAUCGGGGACCAUAAGUUUUUGUUUGUAUGAACUUGCAUUAAAAAAAGAUAUUCAAUGUCAGGUUCGCCAGGAAAUGUUAUCAGUUAAGCUAAAACACGGAACAAUUAAUAGUGAUUACAUAAAUGACCUACAGUACUUAGACAUGGUAAUUCUAGAAACUUUAAGAAAAUAUCCAAUAUUAUCAUUUUUAUAUCGCAUAACAACAAAACCAUAUGCGGUGCCAAAUGACAAUUUAGUUAUAGAAAAAGGAACAAGAAUAUUUAUUCCAGCGUAUUAUAUACAUCACGAUUAUAGAUAUUAUUCAGACCCUAUGAAUUUCAAUCCACAAAGAUUUUCACGAGAAAAUAAAGCAAAUCAACAAGUUGGUACUUAUAUGCCAUUUGGUUUAGGACCUCGGACUUGCAUAGGUAAUCACUUUGCUGAUUUAGAGAUUAAAUUAGCAUUAACUGAUUUACUUACUAGGUAUGAUGUUGAACCAUGCGAACUAACAAGUAUACCUAUGAUAUUUAGUAAAUCCUCACCUUUAAUUUCACCAGAUAAUGGAAUUUGGUUAAAAUUUAAUACUUUAAAUGAAUAAAAAUAUUUUGAAUUUUAUAAACUAUGAUUAUAUUGCUUAUAUCGUACGAAUAAUUAAAAUUAAUUGGUCUUAUUAUUA